AUGGGUAGAUUCGGGAUCAUUGAUACUGAUAGCAAUGUAUCUUGCUCUGCUACUACUACACUCGCAUCAAAAACUCCUACCAGCACUCCAAACUCGACAGCUGCUCCAAAUACAAAAUCACCUCUUCAUCAACAUGCCAUAUUCAACUAUACCAAAGGCUCUGUUCUACACCACCCUCAAGCUUUCACUCCCACUGCAAUACGCUCUACUCCAAAUAGUGUUCAAUCAACUCCCAAUGUAAUGAAUCAAUAUACUCUUGACUACUCUUCAAAAAUUAAUUCAGAAUCCUCUGUAAAAUCUACCAAAUCUGCUCCUAGCAUGACUUCACCAUUAGCCAAAUAUAGUGGUCAUAUAUCAUCUGUUGCUUCUACUCCACACUCUAAACAGUCUCCUAUUCCUAGUCAACGUUUUGUCAAAAGCGUUCGCAUUCUGCAGUCUCUUGGAGCAAAUAAUCACAUUGAUAAAAAGAAUGCCGAAAUUCAUUUUACAUCCAUGACUGUUGCAAAGGCAGAUGAACACUUGCAAGCAUUUAGUCAAAUCCAUGAGCAGUCCAAAUCUAUGAAUCAACACGAACAUGCAUCACUUGUGGAAGAGCUUGAGGCUCAACGGAUCCGAUUUGAAACUCUAAACCAAGCACAGAAACAGAAAGUGCAGUCAUCCAUUUCAACUAUUAAGCAGCGAAAUGCUCAGCUGGUACAAAAUAUUCAAGACUCAAUUCAGCAUAUCAGGGACAAUGAGGAAAAAGAAAUGAAACAAUUACGUGAUCUUAAAUCUCAAGAAGAGGCUGCUAAAAAGCAACAGAUUGAAGCUGCUGCAAUCAGAAAGGCUAAAUUAGAGCGUGCCGAGGCUGAGGCUGAAGCUGCUCGGGCAGACGCUACUGCAAAGCAUAUUGCAGCCCAAAAGGAAAAAAUAGUCGCUGCAGAACUGGAACAACAGGCUGUCGAAAAACAAAAGGCUCAACAAACACAGGCAUUGGUUGAAAAUAGUCCACAUAUUGCAUCGGAUGAUGCAUGGAAAGUUGCAGAACCUUAUAUCUCAACUGUGCUCAGCAUCAAGACAAAAAUCAAACCAAGCUUGAUGGCGGACCCGACACUACGCAAUCGGGUAUUUACGGCAAAGAUGGCUAUUACUCAGCGCAUUGGCCAGUUGACACGCAGUCAGGUCAAGAUUCUCGAAAUUAAACAAGCAGAGACUGAGGUAGCUGUUAAACGGAAUAUGGCAUUUCCAUUGGCUAACGUGUGCGUCAUACUAUAUGAAAAACACACCAAACUUCUUGAUAUCUUGUUAGGCCGAAUGAUGAAAAAGUGCCCAUUCAUUGUUCCACGAUAUAUUCGUAAACUUCAGACCGAUUCCAUGGUAGCAUAUCAAAAGAAAUCUGGUUAUAAAGAGGUGGAUGGGUCGAUGGAAACAGAAAUCCAAUAUGGUGAACGCAUGUGUGGUAUUCUUUCCUUGUAUGCAGCAAUGAUCCAAACAACCACAGUCAAGAACAACCAUGGGAUAGAGAAUGGAUGGAAGUGGAUGGCACGUAUUUUGAACAUGAAGCCACGACGCAUUACUCCAUUGCUUAUCCAUACUUUUCUCGAGAUUUCGGGUCAUUCCCUUGUAAAAACUUAUAACCGACAAGUGCUAAAGAUGGUGCGAUAUAUUGUGCAAAUUCUUAUUCCUAUGAUACCUGUGGCAGCAAAUGCAUCAACUACGCGACUAAGCUUGAUGCUAAACGAAACCAUAUUGAGAAAUGGAAGCAUUCCAGUGUUUGAAGGUAGUCAGCUUGAGAGAUAG